AUGUCGUCUUCACGGCCCGACGCCGAGGACUCGCCCUCGUCUUCACCUCUUUCCUCUCCUCCCUCCAAACUCGACACUUCCACUCGCCCCCGGCCACGACCCAAGCUCGUUUCCUUUGGCCGCGACUCGCUCAUGGGCGGACGUCCAGACACUGAAGGCCACACCCACGUAGAAAUCAUCCACGAGAACUCGCCCACCAUCAUCCCUCAAAGAAUGUCCUCCGAAGUCGAUCCGCUCCUUAAGGAGGCCUUGUCGCCUGACGACGAUGACGAUGACUGGAUGGGCGAACAGCAGGUCGAGGAGACAAAGAGCAGUUGGUUUCUCUUCUUGCUCACUUUUGGCGGUCUCGGUCUGCAAAUAGGAUGGUCUGUAGAGACUUCCAACGGAUCGCCAUACUUACUGUCGCUCGGUCUGAGCAAGUCGAUGCUUGCCCUCGUGUGGAUUGCUGGCCCGCUCUCUGGUGUACUCGUCCAACCCUAUGUCGGUCUCAAGAGUGACAAUUGCCGCCUGCGCUGGGGUAAACGGAGACCCUUCAUCAUCGGCGGUGCAGCUGCCACCAUCGUCUCCCUCAUGGUCCUCGCUUGGGCAAGAGAAAUCAUCGGAGGUUUCCUAGGCAUCUUCGGUGCUGACCCCGAGUCAACGGGUGUCAAGACAAGCAUCAUGCUCUUCGCUGUCCUGUUCGUAUACGUGCUGGAUUUCGCUAUCAACGUCAUUCAAGCCGGUGUGCGCGCAUACAUUGUCGAUGUGGCACCUACCCAUCAGCAAGAAUCUGCUAAUGCAUGGUUGAUGCGCUCCGCCGGUAUCGGUAACAUUCUGGGUUACCUAGCAGGUUACAUCAACCUCCCAGACUACCUUCCAUGGCUCGGUAACACACAGUUCAAGGUCCUCUGCGCCAUCGCUUCUUUCGUCAUGGCACUCACUGUCGGUAUCAGUUGCUCCACCUGCUCGGAACGCGAUCCCCAAUUCGACACUGCACCAGCCGAGCAGCAAGAUGGUGUCAUCGCCUUCUUCAAGGGUCUUGCGCGCUCAGUAAAGAAGUUACCUCCUCAGAUCAAGAAGGUCUGCGCCGUACAGUUCUUUGCUUGGAUCGGGUGGUUCCCAUUCCUCUUCUACAUCACUACAUAUGUUGGCGAGAUUUAUGCCGAUCCAUACUUUGAGGAGAACCCCCACCUGCCGGACGCCAAGAUUGACGAGAUCCUGGAGGACGGUACAAGGAUUGGCACCAGAGCUCUUUUGGUUUUUGCCAUCACCACAUUCGUCGCCUCCGUCGUCCUGCCGUUCGUAAUCCCCCCAACCUUCCAAGCCCCAGAACCCGACCGUCCGAUAACACCGGCGACACCCAUGACACCGACAACCCCACACUCUAUGGGUGGCUCUGGCUACUUUGCCUUGAACCCCACACCAAAGGGAAACCCGAACACAACUAUGGAGAAGAUCUCUAGGUCAAUGGAGAUGUUGCAGGUCAAGUCGCUCACUCUCCGCCGAUCCUGGUUCAUAUCGCAUAUCCUCUUCACCGUACUCAUGGCCCUUACCUUCUUCGUUCGUAGUACGUGGGGAGCGACUGUCCUCGUUGGUGCUAUUGGAAUUCCUUGGUGUGUAACCAACUGGGCGCCGUUUGCCAUCAUUUCUUCCGAGAUCUCCAAGAGGGACGCCAUCCGUCGUGGUAUCAUCAGGCCCCGUGAUCGCGAGUCACAGCUCAUCGCCGAGGGUGAGGACGACGGUUCAGGCGCCGAUUCUGCCGGUGUCGUUUUGGGAAUUCACAACGUUGCUAUUGCAGCACCGCAGGUUAUCGCGACACUCGUCAGCGCCAUCAUGUUCAAGCUUCUACAAAAGCCUAGAGGCACAGCAGGCGACACGAGUGUGGCUUGGGUGCUGCGAUUUGGUGGUGUUUGCGCUCUGGUCGCUGCAUGGUUGACGUUGCAAGUUAACGAAGAGAAGGAGGAAGAGGAGGAAGAGGAGCCUUUCAGGAGGAGACGGAUGUCUUAG